AUGAAAACCCUGUGCCAAAAAUGCACUGGGGACCGGCAGGAUCAGGGGGCCGGGAGGGAGCCCGUCGGGGGAGGCUGCUGCUCCUGCCCGGCCGCGGCCGCCGGCCCCCGCAAGAGGAAGCGGACCACCUUCAGCCGGGGCCAGCUGAGCGAGCUGGAGCGGGUCUUCGCCGCCCUGCCCUACCCGGACAUCGGCACCCGCGAGCGCCUGGCCCAACUCACCCAGCUGCCCGAGGCCAAAAUCCAGGUCUGGUUCCAGAACCGCCGCGCUCGCAGGAUCAAAAGCAGCAGCAGCAGCGGCGGCGGUGGCAGCCACGGGAGCGCAGCGGCCCGACGGGUCUCCGCCGUCUCCAAGCCACCCCGCCCUGUGCCCCCGGCGCCUCCUUCUCCUGGCAUCCGAGCCUCCGUUCCCUCCGGCCGGGAAGAAUCUCCGGAGCCUCCCCAUCGCUGGCCAGCGGGCUCCCUCCAGGAGGGGGAAGCCGGGGACCCAGAGGCCGGGGUGGCGGUGGCGGCGACCACCAGGGCCUGGACGGCGCUCUCGGACUGCUGGGAGGCCCUCCCGGCUGCCGCUCCCACCUCGCUGGGAUCCAUCUCGGAACUCAUCUACAGCGCCGCCCUGGUGGCCAACCUGGGGGAGGUGUAAGAACGACCCCUAAAGAAAAGCUUGGCGCGGGGGGGGCGGAGCUUGGGAAAGGGGCCCAGGCUUACCUGGGAUGGGUCCAGAAGCAGGUGAGGGGCAGUACACGGCACUCCCUUUUGGGAAGACCACUACCCACCAGCUUCCUUUUUCCUCUUCCCUCCUCCUCCUCCUUUCCUUUUGUGUUGUGACUCCUUCAAAUAGUUUUCCUUCCCUUGAUUGGGUAUACACUGUUCGGGGUGGUGUAUUUUGGGCCAUAUGGAACCCCUUUAUCGGGAAGCAGUCUAUCCGCACAUCCCAGUUGUUCAGGAACCGGCCUGGGUAAGAGCUUGUGGAUGGGUGUGUGUGUGGAAUUCCUGAAAUUGUCCCCACUACCCAAAACAAAUAACUCUCCUAAACUCUGUUGAGGAGCACCGUAUCCCUUCCACAAGCCUCAUAACACAAAUCCUCGAUGUUAUUAAUCUCCUGUAAAAAGAGAGAAGCAUCUCCUCUCCUGACUAAGGAUUAAAUGACCACAGCCCCCCCCCCCACACACACCCACGCUCGCACCACACACCUUGGUCCGAUUAAUCUGCAGGUUUUUCUCUUCUGUCCACCCCCCUCUCUUGUAACUCCAAUAAAAGUCCUGUUUUG